UGAAAGAAUUGAAGUCCACUGCUGACAGGGCAAAAAUAGCGGCGCAGUUUAACCGAAAUUAACAGAAAAUAAAAUACUUUUAAGGCUAAAAAUGACUCAGGAAGCUUUUAAGAAGGAGCAAACUUUAGAAAUGCGUAAAAAAUUGAUUGGGCAGUCAUGCAGACUCUUCUUCUCUCACGACCCGGUGAAAAUAGUUCGAGCACAAGGACAGUAUUUGUAUGAUGAAAAUGGGACACAGUACUUAGACUGCAUCAGCAACGUGCAGCACGUGGGUCACUGUCACCCCAGCAUCACUAAGGCUGCCACUGUGCAAAUGGAGCUCCUUAAUGCAAACACCAGGUUCCUCCAUGACAAUAUAGUGCAGUAUGCAGACCGGCUCGCAGCCACGCUGCCCAGUAAGCUUUGUGUCUUCUACUUUGUCAACUCGGGCUCAGAAGCGAAUGAUCUCGCCCUGCGAUUGGCCCGGCAAUAUACACAAAAUGAGGAUGUUAUAGUUCUAGACCAUGCGUAUCAUGGCCAUCUCACCAGUCUCAUCGACAUCAGUCCUUAUAAGUUCCGGAAGCUGGAAGGUCAAAAAGAGUGGGUUCAUGUGGCACCAAUACCAGAUACCUACAGAGGGCUUUACAGAAGGGAUCAUCUUGAUCCGGCUCAGGCCUAUGCUGAAGAAGUGAAGAAUGUUAUUGAUGACGUGCUCAAGAAAGGCAGAAAGAUUUCAGCCUUUUUUGUGGAGUCCUUACCCAGUGUUGCUGGGCAGAUCCUCCUGCCACCUGGAUACUGUCAAAAAGUUGCACAGUAUGUCCGGGCUGCAGGUGGGGUGUUUGUCGCUGAUGAAAUUCAGACCGGUUUUGGCCGUGUUGGAAGCCACUUCUGGGCCUUUCAGCUCCAGGGUGACGACUUCUGCCCUGACAUUGUGACUAUGGGCAAACCCAUGGGCAAUGGGCAUCCUUUGGCAUGUGUGGUUACCACAGAGGAAAUAGCUGGUGCCUUUACUGCCAAUGGAGUGGAGUAUUUUAACACUUUUGGGGGGAACCCUGUGUCCUGUGCGAUUGGCCUCGCAGUAUUAGAUGUGAUUGAGAAAGAGGACCUGAGAGGAAACGCUGUUCGUGUCGGCAAUCAUUUGAUCAAGCUUCUCAGACAGCUUCAGGCUAAACACCCAAUCAUUGGAGACGUGCGUGGUGUCGGUCUCUUUGUUGGCUUUGAACUGGUUAAAGACCGAAUGGCUUUAACACCAGCAACAGAAGAGGCAGCGCUGCUCGUUCGGAGGCUAAAAGAGAAGCAUAUAUGCUUGAGCACUGAUGGAUCAUGGGACAACGUCAUCAAAUUUAAACCCCCCAUGUGCUUCAGCAUUGAAGAUACUGAAAGAGUCACGGAGCAAAUCGAUCACUUUCUUACAGAAAUCGAGAAUGGUCUUCAAGACACAAACAACAAAAAUGAAUAACGGCACUAUCAAUCAGCCAGCAGAGGUCGCAAUUGAAGCAGUUACGAGAAAUACCUCCGGCCCUCCCUCCUCUCGACAAGCCACCCGGCCGGCUGAUGGCAGAGCUGAGAUUUGAACUUGCUCUUCCGGACAAGCCAGACGUGUCACUGUGGGUGCCCGGAUGGCCAACAGCAGAGCUGAGAUUCGAAUGAUACUUUACCGCUGUGCCACCCGAGUGCCUGCUGACCUAUAAUGUUAAUAAAAUAUUUCCAGAGAGAAAAAAACAAUGCACCUGGCCAACGCAGGUCCUAGCUUCAUCCUGGCUGAAUACCAAUUUGAAUCCGAAUCCUUUGUCGUCGUCUUCCUGAAGGACACACAGUCGAGGGCGCAGCGGGUUGGCGUGCAGGUCUUUACGUGGUAAAGUGAGCCUGGGGAAACGCUCUCUUUGUGGAAUCUUUAGUUCGU